UCUGAGUUGACAAAGAAGAAUUUCCGGUUUAGCUUCUGCUUUACACAGAAAAGGCAGCCAAUUCCUGUGGUUGGGGAUUAAAUUCAGUGCAUUGAGUUGAGGGUCAACAAGUUUUGCCACAAUGUGCUCCAUUCAAGCUCUGAGGUAGGAAGAGGAAUGGCUAAACACCAGGAAGAAGGAUUCUGUUAAGCUAUGAGAGAAACUUUAAAAAAAAUGUUAACUCUCAGCAGGAGUGGAUGUGGAACAGGAGCCAAAAUAAAUAAGCAAAGACAUUGACGCACCUGCCACCCUGAUUUGACGUGCCUCUUCUUGCCUUCCUGAGCCAGAACAAUGUCUAACACCAGCACUACACCCAGCAGCCCUGGUAACCUCACGGCAACCACUGCUGUGACCACUGCUCAGCCGAGCAUCUUCGAAGAAUUUCUUAACAAAAUUCCAUUACCCAGAUGGGCUCUCAUAGCUAUUGCUGUCGCAGUGGGCCUGGUCCUCCUCCUCUUUCUCAUCUGCAUCAUUAAGUGCUGUUGUUGUAGGAAGAAACGCAAGAAGAAAGAGAAAGUCGCCUUUCCCAGCACCAAUGGUUCACCCACCCAAGCAACUCUGAUCCAACCUGAUAUCGAAGACCUGGAGGGUGGACUGCAGAAUGAGAAACGAGGACAGCUGCAAUAUUCUCUGGAGUAUGACUUCCGUAGCCAGGAGAUGAAGGUUGGAGUGAAGCAGGCGGCAGAUCUUAAGGCUAUGGACAGCGGAGGCACUUCUGAUCCCUAUGUGAUUGCCUACUUGACAUCUGAUAUGAGGAAGAAGUAUGAGACAAAGGUUUACCGUAAGACACUGAACCCUGUUUUCAAUGAGAGCUUCGUUUUUAAGAUACCCCAGGCAGAUAUAGCGGAAUCCACACUGGUGAUGCAGGUGUACGAUUUCAACCGCUUCUCCAAGCAUGACAUCAUUGGUGAGAUGCGGAUCCCUCUCGGUGAUGUUGAUUUGCAGCACGUCAUUGAGCAAUGGCAGGAGCUCACUGCAGCCGGCAAGAUGGAGCAAGAGCGCCUGGGGGAGAUUUGCUUCUCACUCCGAUAUGUUCCCAGCACCAGCAAAUUAACUGUGGUCAUCCUGGAAGCCAAAAAGCUCAAGCGGAUGGAUGCACAUGGCCUGUCAGAUCCCUAUGUCAAAGUGCAGCUUAUUCUGAACAAAAAGAAAUGGAAGAAGAAGAAGACAAGUGUAAAGAAAAACACAUUACAUCCCUACUUCAAUGAAGCAUUUGUUUUUGAAGUGCCCUUUAACUUGAUCCAGAAUGUAGACCUGGUGAUUUCUGUCUGGGAUUGUGACAAAGUGUCCAAAGAUGACCAGAUCGGGAAGCUGUUUCUCAGCUGCCGAGCAACAGGCAACCAGCUACGUCACUGGUCGGAUAUGCUGGCCAAUCCUCGCAGGCCUGUGGCACAGUGGCACAGCUUGCAGCCUGUGGAAGACAUUGACAAAACCCUGGGACUGAAGACUCGCUUCAAGCUGCCACUGCCCAACAGCUAAGAACAAAACAAACCUCUCCACUGGAGAAGUGUGCUUGGUUGGUAGGAAAAGUGUGCAACGGAGCAGCUGGUAGCAGAAAUCACAGUGUAGCAUCACGAUCACUUAGUCAAAAGUGUUCUGAAGGAGAAUAUUGAUUGCUCUUAGCUUGAACUCAGACUCUAAAGGAUAUUUAUCUUGGAUGAGUGGGAAUCCAAAUGUGUGUAUGUGUCUACAACCCAUCACCAUGGAAUGCAGUCACUGUUUCAUCAUGAUGAAGAGAAGCACAAAAGAUUCACAAGGCUGUACUAGCUUGGAUUUAAAGCGAUGCUACUAACAGGAUGUGCGGAAGGCCAUGUGCGGACAUGUGUGGAGCAGGAAUUUCCACCGGGCCUAUAAACAUAUUUUCAAUCAAUGCUCAUUGCCCAUGUUAAAAAUCUUAACAUUCAGGGAACACACCCACACAUGUGCAUGUGCAUGUGUUUACUAACAAACAGCUUUUUAAAUUAAAAGAGACAGGUUAAAUCAAAAGAAUCAAAUAAAUUCUCCUUUCAACAUUGCUGCUAGGUAUUUUCGACAGGUUUUUCAGAGUACAUAAGAGCCUGCUGGAUCAGGCCAAUGGCCCAUCUAGUCCAGCAUCCUGUUCCCCCAGUGGCCAACCACAUGCUUAAGGGAAACCCACAAGAAAGUCCCAAGCACAAGAGCACUCUUCCUUCCCUGCAGUUUCCAGCAACUGGUAUCCAGAGGCAUUAUUGCCUCUGCCUGUAGAGGCAGAGCAUAGCCAUUAUGGUUAGAAGCCACUGAUAGCCCUCUCCUCCAUGAUUUGUCUAAUCCUCUUUUAAAACCAUCCAAGUUGGUGGUCAUCACUGCCUCCUGUGGGAGCGAGUUCACAGUUUAAUGAUGAGCUGCAGGGAGUACUUUCUUUUCUGUAAUAAUCAAGUGUAUGUGUAUAUAUAGAGUGCCUGCUCUAAGGUAUGCUGGGCUGCAGCCAUUUAGGGUUUUAAGUCAACACCAUUCCCUCAAAUUGUGCCCGAGAGACCCAAACUAGCCAUGGCCAAUGCUGCCCCAUGCUGUAAUAUAAUCAUCAUCUGCCAGCUAUCAGGACUCAAGUGUCCAACCUGGGGAUCCGAAACAAGAUCUGUGUGUGAAUUCCCAGCAAAAAAAGCAAGCAAGCAGGGAGGGACAAAUAAAUCUUUAUGGUUUCAAUUUAUUGUGUUGGGGCCAGCAAAGAAUAAAUAUGCUCAGUGUGACACCAAGGAGCAUAUUAUAUCAUUAUUCUGUUCCAGCUGGGUAAAUUUGCCGCUUAUGUUGCCAGAGACAUGUAUGGAUUGCAAUUGCCGUUUGCCACCACUAUCAGUUGUGUCAAUAAAUGCUGCAAUAACUAGGAGAAGAUCUUGCUUCCUCUUGCUACUAACCUCUUGGGAAGUCAAGUGUAGCUUAGCAUUAUGCCACUCUAUCUUGUUCCUACCCCUGGUACUUCUUCUCAGCUAUCUCUGCAGAGUUUAUUGUCCACAAAUUGAUUUGUGAGAUUAUAUUAAAAACAGGUUCUUCCCUUUAUUUGUGGAACAAGCAAGCAAAGACUUUCUGUUUCUGGAUCUCAGUUACGUCUGCCAUCAUAUAGAGAACAGUAUCUUGGAUACCCAAAAUGAACAGUGGUCCACCAUUUGUAAUUGGCUCUGUGGAGGAGUAGACCCUUCAUAAAUGGCUGUGGCUGCUUGGCUGUUUGAUUUAUUUAAGCAGCCCCAGCAGGAGCUGCAAACUGGCAAGUUUUUUAGCAACAAGGAAGCAAAAAUAAAAACCAGUUCAUCAGUCUUGGACACUCCUGCUUUUAAAGCUAGGUAAGUGCCAUUAUGUAUCUUUUCUUUUAGCAAUUCUCAGCUGGAGUCCUGAAGAAGAAUGAGGAAACUGUGAUCUGCAUCAUUGUAAUGCUGCCUCCUACUUGUUUAGCCGACCUUAAAAUAUGGCCAAGGAUCAAACUGACUGUUUUUGCUUGGCCAUCAAACUGAACUGCAGGAUUCCUGUGUAUUUUAGAGCAUAAGCCUGUACUUAGAAGUAUUCCCAGGUCAGGGGGUCUAAGGACUGCAGCAUAAGGCUAGUAGCUGAAUUAAGCCUUAAAAAGCUAUACACACACUUAGAGACCUUGAACUCAACAAGGCUUACUUUUAAUGCAAUACAGCAGUUGUUGUUAUUUAGUUGUUUAGUCGUGUCCGACUCUUUGUGACCCCAUGGACCAGAGCACGCCAGGCACCCCUGUCUUCCACUGCCUCCUGCAGUUUGUCAGACUCAUGUUUGUAGCUUCGAAAACACUGUCCAAGAGAGACUAUUUACCAUGAAGGACAGUUAUCUGUGUAAAAUAAAUGUGGUACCAAAUAAAUCAUUCUAAAAAUACAUUUCCCUACAACUCAGAAAGCAUACUUUUUCAUUUAUAUGUAAUGAAUGCACAUAUUUUAUGUAAUGAAUGCACAUAUUUUAUCACACAAUAAGACAGAAUAACAUUCAGAAUUUCCACAUGGAGAAAGUGAGCUUUCAAA